UUAAACAGACCAGACAUUUUAAGCGUUACAUAAAGUAGUGGUUGUGAUUAAAUCUAUUCCUCGGCAAAAUGUCUUCGGAUGAACAGGUGGAUGGAAAGAAAGAGACAGACAAUAAGAAUACUACGACUGUUACAGAAGAAAGAUGUUCUGUUUGCACGCAAAAGAAUCGUUCGAAUUGUGCAGAAAAGUAUUGUAUUGAAUGUAACGAUUAUUAUUGUAAUGUAUGUGUAACGCUUCACGAGGAAAUACCAGCUUUAUCAAAUCAUCAGUUAAUUGAGAAAAAAGAUUUUACAUCUGAAUCUGGGCGCUUACAACUACCCUCAAUUCCGACGGAGCGAUAUCGGGCCCAUCGGACGAACACUGUUGAUAUGUAUUGCAUUGAUCAUGAUACUGUUGGUUGUCACACGUGUCUAUCUCUGGGACAUGGGCAUUGCAAAAAGUUGUAUAUACCUGAGAAUAUUGGGCAGCUUUCACAAGCAAGUGGAGAUAAAGCAGAAAUUGUUAAACAAGAAGCGAUUGAAUUGCGGGAGAGAUUGUUAAUGGCAUUUAAACGACGACAGACAGACAAAAGGUCUGUUCAAAUAAAACAUGAAAAUGCAAAACAAUCCAUUAAAAAUUUUCGAAAAGAGUUGAAGAAGAAACUUCAAGAACUUGAAGUGUCAAUGGUGGCAGUUUUAGAUUUAGAAUGCGACAUAUUCGUUCAAAAACUUGACGAAGAAAUAAAAUCUUUGUCGCACUUUGUACAAAAGCUUGAUGACAACAUUGGUAAUUUGAAAAUAUCUUCAGAAUCAAACAACACCUCGCAGUUGUUUGUAGCCCUGCAAAUCUUAAGCAAAGACAUCUCCGAGACAAAAUCUGUUUAUAAAGCAAUGUCUGCACCACUAGUGAAAGACAUUGAUUUUAGACCGGAUGAGUCUUUGACGAAAAGUAUCCAGUGCCUUGAAAACUUGGGAACAAUUGACUUUAAUAGCAUAGACAAACCGGCACCACUUUGGGAGAUUAAAAGCGCAGAAGAUAUAUCUGUUCGCACAGCAGAAGAUACGAAAGACUGUUCUAUAAAAAGUGCAUGUAUAACACGUCUUGGACAUAUCCUCCUUGUAGACAGUAAUAACUCCAAUAUCAAAUUGUUCGACAGAGGUGCACAAAAAGUUGUAGAUACAUGCACGGUUGAAACAACGGCAUGGUAUGUAUGCAAUUUAGAGGAAAACAAAUCAAUCAUUUCUCUGCCACGUGCUAAAAGAGUUAUGAUAAUUGAAGCCGACGAUCAAAUUAAACCCACAGGAUUCAUUCAUAUAGGAUACAAAUGCUUUGCCAUUGCCUAUUCCAUGAAGGAAUUAUACAUUUCUGAUGAACAUGGCUCUGUGAUUGUUCAUUCAACGUCAGGGGACAUAUUACGGCGAUACUAAAAGGAUCAAAACGGAAAAGGUCUAUUUUCUGACGUUUGGCCUCUUGCUGUGAACAAGGCAGGCGACAGAAUCUAUGUAGCAGAUAAAGAUAAUGGAGUUAUUGCCAUAAAUAUAGAUGGUGCAUUGCUGUGGGCUUUCGUAGAUACAACGUGUUCUGAUGCAACUGGAAUUUGCUUAGACGAAAUGUGCCAUAACGUACUUGCUUUAGGGUAUGCAUCAGACAAUGUUACGCAAAUAGGACAAACGGGUAAAAAAGUAGGACAGGUUGUAAAACAAAUAAACGGCCUGAAUUAUCCUACAGCCAUGUGUUAUGAAUGGAAAACCGAUACGUUAAUCAUUGCUAACAACUUCGGGUCAAACCUGCGAAUCUUUCAACUAAAGUAAUAAGAAACACUAAACUGAACAAAAUUUGCAGAUGGAUAGUUAUAUUAAGUCCUGAUCCAUGAUGUGAGAUUUCUUUUAAAUACCAUAUACAUUUAGAUAACAAUUCUGUACGUUAACGAGAUUAGACUCCUGGCAUAAUGUAGUUGGAUGCAGUUCUGUGGUUUUCUUUCUACAUGAUAAACAGUUAAUUUCCGGACAUGAUAAUGUAGAGGUUAUUCGUCGUAAAAUGUACAAAAUAAAGUAUGCCCACAGG